GGCUUUUUGAGGUGCCUCCCCGGAAUACCGUGCUGGAGGCGUGUAUGCUCUGACAGAUGAGAGGCGGCCGCAGGGCGCCCGAAAGAUUUUCACGCAUGGAGUGCACGGAGUACGUGCUCCAUGCUCCUCCAUGAGUUCCAUGCACUCCAUGCCAUGCGCCCAGGGAAACCUUUUGAACUGCUCUGCACUUUCGAAGUACUUGAAGAUCUAGCAUUGAGUCCGCCACUCCUGAUGGAUAUGUUUGUGCACCUAGAUAAAGAUAAAGGAUGCGUAUUCUUUCGUGGAGGAUUGACAAAUGUAGAAAUUAUAGCUCUUUGGCAGCGCAGAAGAACAACUCGAACUACUUAGCUACAAGCCUGCCGCUCAUAUAUAAUUUUUCCAAAGUCGAAUGAAUAUCUGAAAGACAAGGCUCCUGUAGGGCAGGAGAAGCAGAAGUGUGCAGAUUUUCCGGGUGCCAAAGAACAAGGGCGGAGUAGAACAACUUGUCGCGUCAAAUGAAAUCUGCUAAACGUAAUAAAUCACGUAUUAGGGUUGUUUUCGUUCCGAACAACGAAAAUAGUACGUAGUAAACACGAACACAUCAACGAAAUUAUCGAAUGUCCGAUUGUAGUACUACAACGGGAAGCCAACACAUGGUCAACAACAUAUUUACCGCAAGACUCGUAGACGUGGUUG